UUACCAAAAUUCAUAGAAGAUCGUGCCGUGAUGGGGCAGGAAAGUCCUGAAAUAGUAACAUCUCUCAUUAGAAUUAUGGUGCUGGAUACGGCUGGAGCUCGAAACAUUAAGCAGGAAUUCGGGGGGCUCGUCUACCAAAAUAUCUCUGUGCCCAGAUUCGAGUGCCCCAACUUGUUGGCUCCAAUUUUUGGAAGGUAUGCACCGCGAAAACGGCACUUAGGAAUAAUUGAAGUGGAGGCCAGCGUCCCAUGGUAUUACGCGUUGUCAAGUUUAAUCAUUGCAUCGUUGCAAUUUCAGCAUCUGAUUAUGGGCAACGAUGGGUCCCCACAAGCUUGUCCUUAAUAAGGAAUCCACUGGAAACAAGCCAUGCGUCAGUCCAAGUGUACAAAUGGAGUAGUGUCCAGAAUCACUGUAUCUCCGCUUACAGGAAAGGAAACCAUUGAGAUUGUCAGCACACCCGGAGGUCGGAGAGACUCGUGUUUGAAUGCCAAGAAGCGAAUCCCAACUUAUUCAGAGUUCUUCAUCAGUAAUUGCGUCGAGUGAUGGCACAGGCACUGGUCUCUCCUACAUGCCCUCGAGUAGUGGAUAAAGUUGCAGCAGUGACGGCAAGACUGGGGGCGAUUUUGAAGGAAUUAGGAUAUUUUGCGCCUCCAGUGGCACUAGUGGUUAUCCUUGCCACCAAACUGGUCUGGGAUGCUCGGAUUCAAUCUCAGAGACGGAAGACGCUUCCCCCGGGGCCGAGGCCAUGGCCCAUCAUCGGAAACCUUUCUGCUCUUGUGGGUGACAAGCCGCACCGUGCCCUCCAGGAGCUGGCCUUCGAAUUCGGAGGUCUUAUGUACCUUCAGCUCGGAUCAGUGCCGUGUGUAGUCCUUUCCACUGCCGAAGCUGUUAGAGAGGUGUUCCGAUCCAAUGAUGAACGCAUAUUGUCGCGGCCGAAGAUGUUAAGCUUCGGAAUCAUCUCGGACAAUUACAGAUCAAUCAGUUUUGGCCCUCCUGGGAAGCUAUGGCAAAGUAUGCGUAGAUUUUGCAGCACGGAGCUGUUUACCAAUACGCGUGUGGCUUCUUAUCAAGGUCGUAGAGAAGAGGAGGUGAAGCACAUGCUGAUGGUCCUUGUGGAGGAAUCAGAGAAAGGCAAAGCUGUUGAUUUACGUAGCUGGUUGCAUGAUCUAUCUUCCAACAUGACGACUCGAAUGCUUGUCAACAAAAGGUUCUUUGCAAAUCGUGGAGAAAACGAUGGUAAGCAAGAGAUUUUAAAGAGCGAACUCGAGCACGUGCUAGAAGGAUUUAACGUGAACAUAAUGCGCAAUGUCUUAAGCGACUACUUGCCUUCCUUACGAUAUUUCGCGGAAGAACUGCAUGGUGCUCGCGCUGCGUUAGAGGCUUUUCGAGAUGAAGCAGCAACAGUUGGACGGAAGAUUGUCGAGCUUGAGAAGCACAGACAACGAGCUCAGAAUCCGUCUAAAGAUGAGAAUUAUGUUCCAGACUUCGUAGAUGUCUUGAUAGGGGCGCCUCUGGACGAUGGUAAGAGCUUGUCUGAUACGCUGCUCACCGUGCAAGUCUUGGAAUUUUUCUUCGCUGGAACACACACGAGCUCCGCAACAGUGGAGUGGGCGAUGGCGGAGCUGAUCACACACCCAGAUCUAAUGAAGCGCGCACAGGCGGAGGUCGACGGUGCAGUACCCGCUGAUCGCCUCGUCCGUGACUCAGACAUUCCCAAUCUCCCCUAUCUCCAGGCGGUAGUGAAGGAAACGUUCCGCAUGCACCCCGUGCUAUCGUUGGGCGGUCCACGCGAAACAACCAGACCCAUCGAAGUUAAUGGAUACAAAAUCCCUGCGCAGACAAGGCUCUUCGUGAACAUCUUCGCGGUCCACCGCGACCCCGCCGUGUACACGGACCCCGAAACUUUCGACCCGGACAGGUUCCUCACGCAACACCUCCAUACGAAUCACUGUUCGGGGUUCGACUCCCACGAGCUGAUUCCGUUCGGCGUCGGGCGGCGGAUGUGCCCAGGAUUCCAUCUCGGCAACACUCUAGUGCACUUGAUGCUAGCCAAUCUACUGCACCGAUUUCACUGGUCUCUCCCCGAGGGCGAGACCAUCGCCACCGUGCAAGCCUCUGUGAUGUCGGAGAAGCUCUACGGCCUCUUGUUCCACCCCAACGAAAACCUUCACUUGGUCCCCGAGCUCAAAAAUGGUCUUCCCGCAUCGUGAGACUUGCUUUCGCACCCUUCUAUCGACAGCGUUGCACCGACAAACUAAGCUUCGGGUGCGGUAGAACACAUAGAUCUCUCUGUCCACGAUCUCCUUGAACGGCAUCGCGAUGGAGCUUCGGUGAACCGACACUCUCCACUACAACAACCAUCUCGCCGUCGAUCGAUGCUCCGGCGGAUUUCUUCACUCUGUUGCGGAUUCGGAUUAUGAAACCGUGAAGUUCACGAUCGCUCAAAAUUUUGACUAGUUUUGACAAGUUGUCAUAUAUAUAUAUAUAUAUAUAUAUUUAUAUAUUCAAGUUGACAAGUUCUGUAUGAGUAUAUAUAUAUAUAUAUAUAUAUAUACAUACAUUUACAUAUGAACACGAAUAUGCAUUGUAUAAUGGUGAUUAAAAUCUAUGAACUAGUAUGAUAUGCCAUAUUAUUAUAAGUUUCUAUUUUCA